AUGAUGAAGACUCUACUGCUUCUCGCUUGCAUGGUAAACGAAGCGCGAAACAUGUCGGGUGAACCUGAAUGUCCAUGCGUUUCGAACAAUUCAGAAUUGAUUGACCAACUGCGAUCGGAGCUUGUGGCAUUGGGCCGUCCCUCAACUUACGGGCUGAUGGGAUGUGAUGUCUAUGAUGCGAAUAUCUCAUCAUCUGAUUGUGGGUCCAAUGAGGAGCCACACUGCUUAAACCCGUGGUGCUUUGUGGAUAUGACUUUAUGCCCGAUACACCCAGACAAAUGUGAAGCAGCAGGUGGCAGUCUGGGCAGUGAGGUGUCACCACAUUGCCGCACGCGCCCGCAUUCCUCUCGUGCAUUGUUGAACAUGUCGGCUUAUUACAGCUACGAGACAUGUGGGUCUGUGAAUAUGUACAACAAGAGUAGGCACUCGCUGGAUGUUGGCGGACAUGUCAUCAGAGUUGUCGUCGAUCCAGCAGCACCGUGGAUUCUGAAGCGAACUGAUAUUGCUCGAAAUGAAGAAUUUGGUGGGCCGAGCUACGAUUUUUUUGUGAGGACCUUGGAUCUGUUCGAGCCAAAGCCUCUGCUGAGCAUCGUCCCGGGCUGGGCGACGCAGCAGUCCAAGCAGAAGUUCCAGAGUGAUUACACUGCUUGUGUUCAUGACGUUGCCCUUGGCAACUUUGAUCUGUGCAUUGCAGAUCUUUGGCUUACCCCCGAACGGCACCUGCUUGCCACUUUUGUCCCGCCUUUGCGGCAAGACUACUUUUUCCUUGUGGUGCCAAGAAAAGUUGAGAGAGUCACUUUGUGGACGCGGUUGAGAAGCCCUUUCCUACCCUUUACACCAGGAGCCUGGCUCGGCAUUGUCGUGUUUCUAUGUUUCACGUCGUUUCUUCUGUGGCUGAUGCAAGUUUGUGAGGAUGACCAGCAUGAUAGCUGCAGGGCCAAGCUUGUCUGGAGCUUGGAAGAGUUGGCUCGCGUCCAUUUCAACUUGGUUCAUGAUUUCCUCCUGGGCCAGAGCAGCAUUGAGCUGCACAAUGGUGCAGCACGUAAACUCUUGAGCGCAGCUGUUUCUUUUUUCAUACUCGUGGUGCUGGCAAGUUACACGGCCAGUUUGGCAUCGAUCUUAGUGAUUCAGCGGCAAAGCAUUGGCACGAUAAACAAUAUCGAAGAAGCCAUCGACCGCGACAUUCCUAUCUGUGCACCACUGGCUUUGCUUCGAACUUUCUCUAAUGUCUUUCCACGUGCAACCUUCGUGGAAAGUCCUGAGGCACGAAAUGCACCGCGCCUCAUGUACUCUGGGGCGUGUGGGGCACUGAUCAUGUCGCAGGUUUCCAUCGACAGCAUGCACGCGGGCAAGCUUCGUGAGCACGACUGCAAUGCUGUCACAAGUGGGAGCAUCAGCGAAGAGGAAGGCCGCUGUGAGAGGGACUUUCUGGGCAACCCUCGAAAUGAUUGCAAUCUCAUGCGUGUUGGGGACCUUCUGUGGUCCGUGCCGAUCUCAUUUCCGGUGAGUGAACGGAUUGCACACAGUAUGUCUUGGGCUGUGACGUAUGCCAUGACCAAUGGCCUUAUGGAAGAGAUGAAGAAAUUAAACACAGAAUUUUUUCCCGUAUCUCAUUGUGAUGUCGAGGAGGAACGAACUGAAGAGGACGGUUUGACUUUGGAGGAUCUCAGUGGCACCAUCCUCAUCGCCGUGUCCAUUGCUGCCUUUGCGCUUCUAUGCUUUCUUGGAAGCAUCAUUUGGAACGUUCUUCGUCGCGGUUUGUCGAGAGACUCAGAAGCUGCAGAGGCAGCGUCAGCGAGCACAGACGGGGACAAAGGGCCCAUUCAGUUUAAAGGCAGUCAAAAUUUUGCUCACCUGGAAGCGCAACCCUUCGAAGACCGCAUUGUGCCCACGGAGCUCGACGUCGCAGGAAGGAUGCAAGGAGCAUGUGGCUGUUUCCACUCAGAGAUGCGCUGA